AUGGAGCUUCCACCGCGCAGAUUCUCGAAGGGACUUAUUAACGGACUAGGCAAGUGCAUUGAGCACGAUACUCUGAUGACCAUUAGUGAGAGAGCAAAGCGGAAAGCGUGUAAAGACGGCGGACGGAAGCUUUUUGCUCCAGAAUAUGGCGGCUCUUACGAGGUAUUUAUCACCCGCCCACUAUCAGCUGAGAUCAUGCAGUACUGUGCGCAGGAUGUCCAACUUCUGCCCGGGUUGUGGCAUGAAUACUACCAACGAAUGACUCCAAGGUGGGAACGGAAGGUGGAGGAAGAGAUGGAGAACCGCAUCGAGCUCUCGCACUCUGAAACUUUCAAUGGCAAGGGAAAGCAUAUGGCGCUAGCACCCAAAGGCUGGUCAUAG